AGCUUUUACUAUGUUAUUUUUCUCCAGUUUAUCUGAUUCACAACCUUCUGAUAAGUGGGAAAUUCUGCCUGAGCAAAUAGAAUUCGAGGAAGAGCUAGGGAGAGGAGCGUUUGGUGUUGUUUACAAAGCAACCUUUAGACAGCGUGUCGAGAUGGAGGUCUUGGACACUGAGACUUCAAAACGGCCUUUAUUAUCCACAAAGAAAGCACCACAGGUUGUGGCUGUCAAAGUCUUACAUGGUAAAAAAUACUGUAGUCUUUAUAAAGAAAAAGCCUUUGAUUUUGCAACUUAUUUUCAGUUCUCUCUAUGCAACAGAAGCGAUUUCUUUCUCUUACGUACCCUUUUGGACCAAAGACCCCAAAACUCUGCAAAUAUGUCGACAAAAGCCAAUGUAAAGGACUAAAAGGCCCUGAAAUUUUAAGAAUUAGAUAAUGCAAGCUCUGGUGGAUAUUCUAAUAUUAAUAAAACUCUCAUGCGUCAAAAGAUAUUGUCCUGCCCCCUACCUUUAACGAUGAAACUGAAAGCGCUAUGAGAAUAAUCAUUCUGACUGCUAGUCUUCGAUGAUACUCUCCUAUGUAAGCUAUGUAUGUACGUAUGUAUGAGCGCCUGUCAAAGGAUUAGCCAGGGAGCAAGCUCUCCUGGGAGCUCUAGCGGUGGGAAAAGGAAGGAGAGCUUGCAACUACGUCUCUAGAAUUUAUAAUGAAUAUCUACAUCAAAAAAGUCGAUGCGGACUGCUUAUUGGCGGAGAUGACAUUAGUAAUGACGUCAUUACUCUUGGCACGUGUUUUUCAAUGUUUGUUUACAUUCGCGCUGAUUGGCGGAAAUCUGACAGCUCAAUCGACCACGAGCCAAAGGGGAAGUGGAGGUGGAAUUCAAAUUCCAGAGACGUAGUUGCUAGCUCUCCUUCCUUUUCUCGCCCCGCCGCCAGAGCGCCCCGGAAAGCUUGCUCUUAGGCUACCAAAGGAUCAAGUCUCUGACGCCUUUGGUCUGCAUAGUACCAAGUCCAGAGAAACCGCUGGUGUCGUUGUUCUCGUUUUAUUUUCCUAAAGCAACGCCGAGGCCGACGGCAACGAGAACAAAAAAAAUUAUCCUUCAGAUAAUCAAAACGACAACUUUGCACUUGCAUCACGAUUUCUGUACUAUUUCUUUUUCUUUUUUUCAACUUAGAUACAGUCCUUUAACAUCCAAAUCUAGAGAAACUCACCAACAUUUGACAAAUGAACGACAUGGAAUAAAAGCGAUUAAAUUUUAAACAGCGAAAAUUUGCUUUUUAAGAGACGCUUCCGCUGCCGUGGUCGUUGUUGCUUACCAAUUCUGUGUUGAAGUCAUUACUGUGCCUAUAUCACUAAACAAAAUGCUCUUCAGUGAAAAGUCAUGAAGCGGAUCUUGAAGAAGAUAUGACACAAAUUUCCUCAAGGAGCAAUGACCAUAAUAAUGUUUUGGUAUUUUUUUUUCCGGCACAGCUUUUAAACUUGCAAAAGUUGGUCCAGCUUUUUCAAGGUCAAUCUAUGUCCAUCCGUGGCAACAGACGACAGAAACCACUUCAAUACCUUAAAAAGGCCUUAAGUAACAAAACUAGUCCAUUAUCUUUGUAAUAAUAUGCAUGGAAAAAAUUUCAGCGCGCUCAUUGGCUGAGAGCACGUCAAUUUCUCCCAAAAAGUGCAGAAAGUUGAAAUUUUUUGAGUGCAAAAAGUUGAAAUUAGAUUGAUUGUCAGGCUCAGGUGUGUUCAGUUAAGGCCGUCUUUCAGUAGAAUAAUCGACAAUUCCUUUAUGUUAUUAUUAUUAUUUUUUCUUUGGUGACAGUGAAGACUAUGCAAAAAGACGUAAGCUUAAAUAGCAAAUCAUGUAAACAUAAAGCAAUUCUGAUUCCAGCUUCAUUCUCGCGGCAUGUUAUCAAUCCAAGAAACCACGCGAAACAAUAGCCUGAAAUACCAAAAUGCAAAAUUAUUGACAGACGACCAAAACAUGAAAAAUGUCUUGAAACAAGAGCACUUCUCUAAUUUCAUUAAGCCUGAUUGGAGGAGUAGUGUCAUUUAAGUGUUUCAUAUACAGUCGUAAACUGUUUUAAAAAAAGCUUGUGCUUUUUGAACACGAGGCCAUACAUCGUCUCAAAUUUAUCUUACAAGUCACGGUAAGAAACUUAAAAUAAUUAUGGCCGCCGUUAAACGAGAAAAAAAAAUGCAAUAACUCAAACUCACCUGAGAUGCAACUCCUGAAAGCUAGUGGGUGAGGUUAGAACGCUCUAGUUCUCUCCGUUACUGUUCUGUAAAAGGCUGCAUGAACUACCACAGUUGCGACACUUUCCUCAAUCAAAACCCCAAUAAACAAAGCACAACAAUGCAAAGGAAUCUUGUUAGCAGUUGUAUUUCUUUCCGUGGCGGCAGUGAAAAAAACCUGAAAAGUUAAAACGUAAAAUGACAAAAGGGUUGAGUUCUCGGUAAACAAAUUUCUAGCUUAGCUUCUGCGAUUUUAGCCAUCAAUAUUAACCUGUCAAAAUUUAGACCAAUCUUGGUCGACGUUGUUAAUUGUAGAAUGGAACGGAAGGACUUUUGACAAGCGGUGAGACGUAAUAGAGGAAAAGCAAGUCAAAUUUUUGCAUGUAUAUUAUUAACAAGUAAUCACAUGGUUUUUCACGUGCAAUUUGGGAUAAAUCAGCACGCGUAAAUUUUUCAAAGACCACAAAUUGCACUCGAAAUCAUGUGUUAAGCUCAUUAUUUUCCUCUUGCGAACAGCGGUUAAUGUCUGAGAUAGGGUAAACUAAGGAAAGGGUACCAGGGAGCGCGCCACACCCACGCUGAUUCUUCCAGCAGUUCCCUUCGAUCGAGGCUGCUGGAAAGGUACACUAGUAAAGUAACUAGUAAAGUGAAAUGUAACAAUAUUUAUCGACAUUUUAUCACAAACUAAAAUCCAUCGGUCCAAUUGUGCAUCGGAGGAUGCGUGGAAUGUGAUAAAAACGAACGCAUAUUUCAUGCAAAUGAAAAAUUUAGCACUGAAUCGAUAAUACUGACACAGCAAAAAAAAAAAAUAAGUAGAUAAUAAUAAUAAUAAUAAUAAUAAUAAUAAUAAAUAAAAAUUAUCCAAAAAGAACCCAGCAUCGUUUUAUUCAUUUGUCCUUAGAUGAUCCAUCUUUUAUUCAUCAUCAUUUUAUUCAUUUGUCCUUAGAUGAUCCAUCUGAGGCACAGAAAGAAGAGUUCACGUUUGAAAUUGAACAGAUGAAACUGCUGGGUUCACAUAAGAACGUCGUAUCCAUGGUUGGAUGCUGUACGCUUGAGGACAAAAGUUUUCUGGUCAUAGAAUACGUUCCGUGUGGUGACCUGUUGACAUGGCUACGUCGUGGAAGAAAAAAGGUAAAAAAAGAAGAAAACUCAUCACAACGUGUUUUCGUGUGCUGAAAGGGUACCCCCCCAAAUUUUUUUAUAACUAUACAACUGCCAGCCCUAUUGCGUGCUUUCAAAUGACGUCUUCAAAAUUCAAACUAAAGAAGUCAUCAAUCCUUUCGAGUUUUUAGUUUAUUAGAGCAGCUUAAAAUUAAUAUAUAUUUAAAUUUUUACUUCGAAAAGAUUCUUGCCGUUUUGUUAUAUAGUGCGCUUGAAUUUCUAAACUUUUGCGUGGCGCACCAUUUACAUGGCGGCCUAAAGAGCUGUCAUGUAGAUUGAAAAAGUGACCUAUUUUGGGGAGAUUUUUCUAUCUGAACAGUUAUUGUGUUGGGAGAAGUAUUUCUUCAAUAAUUGCGAUUUCCCCGAGAGAUGAAUUCACGUUUUCGUAGCAAAACCCAGGGCCAGAUGUUUCUGUUGGCUUCCGGCCACCAUGUUGGUGCCCAUCCAGAUGGCAACAACAUGGAGUCUUCAUACAAAGCUGUGUAAGUUUGGGUAAAUCAUUUUUCCGAAUAUCUCACAUAUGAAAAAUUGCACUAGCCUGCGUCUUGGCGAGGGCCUUUGCAUGUUUAUCUCCUCUCAUUUCCCAGAUUCUGGACUUCAUCUAUUGAACGGUUUUGAUUUUUAUUUCUAAUGGCGUGACAGUGAAAACCACCAAAAGAGACGGGAAAUGAUGACGCCACAAAAACUAUAUUUGUGAAAUUAUGGGGUUAGUUAGCGCACCGUCUCCUGAAAAAACAAGGUGAAACCGUUCGAUUGCUAGAAAUCACCCCUUUAGUGCAAAUAGGUGGCAUGACUCCAAAUGAACCCUUCUAAAAUAGGCCUGGAUCAUAAACGUUACGAACCAGGCCAAUUUUAGAAAGAUUCGUAUGGAGUUAUCAGAGCAAGACGGUGCUAUAUUUUACCAACAAUUAGCACUAGCAGGCUGAUUUGGUCUUUUUUGUUCUUGUUCUUUCUGGAUAUGCUAACCAAUCCCAUGAUUUCACAAAUUUGAAUUUUUGUGACGUGACAUGUACUGUGGCUAUCAUUGACCCACAUUUACGAAGAUGCGAAUUUCAUUCCGGAUAAGUCCUUGUUAUCGGUGUUUUGUUAUUAAGACACUACAUGAAAAAUUGUCAUUAUUUAUGUUACUCAGUGCUUAUGAAAGCACAUAUUUUGACAUCACUUUUCCUUUUAUUUAUUAGUAUUUAUUUGUAGCGAAACUGACGUCACUAUUUGCUGGAUAUCUAGAUCAACGCAAUUAAAGCUUCCGAGAGAUCAUAUGCUGACAAAGAGGCUCUGAAAGAUCAGGGAGAGACCAGAGAUCAA